CCAGAGUGGGUUACAGAUGCGACACGCUACUUUGCGCUCAUCAAAGGUGGCGAGCGCUGGAAGCGCCUCAUGGACAACUGGCUGGAGUUCGAGAACUUGCUGCUACAGGACACCAGCAAUCGUCUCGCUAAGGAAUUUCGCCCUGAUGAAGUGAGGUUAUGGAUGAAGAAUCACCGGCUCUACGAGAAGCUCCCCAAGAUCAAGUCCCCAAAGCAAUUCUCUGUGUCCUGGAAGAGGUGGUGGGUCUCGCUGCAGCCCUCCUUGCGCACGAACGACGAAGCUUGGCCGCUGCCCCGAAGUGAGCCCGUCAAUCCUUCUGAUUGGGAUAUAGUGGCCAGAGGCGGCUGCAACGGCUUGUUCCUUGUUGUCCUAACCCUCGCUUGGUGG